AUGGCAACUUUGCGGCUCUUUGGUGACUGUCACUCGAUGGAGAGGAGCUAGAUGGAGGCCGAGCACGUGUCAGGGAGCUUCAUCCUCAAGUCUGUGCAGUAAGAGGAGGCUCUUCGUCACAUCUGGUAUGCUCUCAAGAGGUGGCGACUUGUCUCUCGACGGAUUGUCCUCUUCUCGACGAUGGCUUGUUUGUUGAUCAAUCGGAGAUGCUUUACUUGAUGAAUUUGCGAUCCUUUUAUCACGAAUCGUUCAGCAAUUUUAGUAACAAUGCUCCGCGAAUCAUGUUGAUGAGAUUUUUGCUGAUAUUCCAGUAAUUCUGGUUGCUUAAUCCUUCACUGGCGAUCUUUAGGAAAGUCACAAUAAUUAGAGAAAAAAAAUAUGAGUUUUGGCUCUAGGAUGAUUCAAACCCGCACCAGUUGCCUAACCUUUAUAAGGAAGGUGUGAUGUGGGUUUAGCCCCACAUUAGUUGUGCACCGAUUUUUGGGGGGAAUAUAUAGUAAUGUUACAUUUAUAAGCAAGUCCCUUGAUAAGUCUUCAUUAUCAUGAGUUAAUAAUUAGUAAAUAAUAUAGUUUUAGCCUUAACUCAUGAUAAAUAGACUUAUAUUUGUGUUAAAGCAUGAAAAGUGGUUUUCAGUUGAUUAACGUGAAUUUUUGGGUAAUUAUGUGAUUUUAUACGAUUUUUACAGUCUUAGUUUUGAGAUAAAUGAAGAACAAGAAAUAAAAAUAAAAAUAUUGCAAAAUGGGGGGACCCGCCGGCCAGCCGGGCCCGCAAGCGGGUCGGAAGCGCAGUCGGGGAGUAGCCGCGAGCAGGGGCUCGAGCGGCUUGCUUGGAUCGAUAGGGGCACGUGUGCGCCACUCCCCUUCCACGUCACCGGUGGUCAGCCGGCUGUGGGGCAAGGAGUGGUCGUACACGCGAGAGGACUUUGCCUAGAAAGCUAACUUUACUAUAUAUUCGCCCGAAUAAUCCGCGCACAACCGAUGUGGGACUAAACCCGCGUCACACCUUGUUCAGGGGCGGGCGACCGCCGCGGGUUCGAAUCCUCCCAGAGUCAAAAUUCAUAUAUUUUUAACUGAUUAUCGCGACUUUCCUGCAGAUCGCCGGUGAAGGAUUAAGCAACCGGAAUCGCUGGAUCAUCGGCGAAAAUCUCGUCAACGCGAUUCGCGGAGCAUUGCUACUAAAAUUUCUGAACGAUUCGCGAUAAAAGGAUCGCAAUCCAUCGAGUAAAUCAUCUCCGAUUGAUCGACGAACAAGCCGUCGUCGGGAAGAGGACGAUCCGCCGGGAGACCAGUCGCCACCUCCUGAGAGCGUACCAGAUGCGAUGAAGAGCCUCCUCUUGCUGCGCGGACCUGAGGAUGAAGCUCCCUAACACGCGCCUCACCUCCAUCCAGCCCCUCUCCGUCGGGUGACAGCCGCCGGAGAGCCGCAAAGUCGCCGUUUUUCCGCUCCGCCGGGUGACAGCCGCCGGAGACGAUUCGACGACCCACUUCAUUGGUCUCUAGACUUCGCGAGAAGAUCUAGAGAUUGCCCACGUCGUCUUUGUCCAAGGAGAGCCUUCGAGGCCGUGGACACUGCACGACGACCCUCCCGAACGCUCAGGAUUCCGGUGCAUCGCCGACGCGUCGCCGUCGCGACGCCGGAACUCUGUUUUCCUGCUUUAUCUAGAGAUUUCCCACGUCGUCUUUGUCCAAGGAGAGCCUUCGAGGCCGUGGACACUGCACGACGAUCCUCCCGAACGCUCAGGAUUCCGGUGCAUCGCCGACGCAUCGCCGUCGCGACGCCGGAACUCUGUUUUCCUGCUUUCAAUUUAAUUUACGCUUCAUUUAGUGAUACUUUGUUGAUUUUUAUUUACCAAACUAUACUUCGUUCAACUACGAUUCUUCCGGCUUUUACAGAUCUUAAUUUGAUUAAUUGAGUCGUCUGUAAUCGCCUACGUAAGAAUCGCCGGGCGGAACUCUGUUUCCGCCUGAUUCGCGUUCGCCGGGCGCUGACGUCAUCCUGACGUCCGCACCCUUAUUUCCUCUUUUUUUUGUGAAUUUUAAAUAUAUUUCCUUUUUAUUUCCUAGUAUAAAAUUCGUAAGAAAAUCGUACUCAUUGAGAAAAAUUCUGAAUAAUUACCAGAUAUUAUAUUACAUCCCUGUGAUCGACCUGGAAAAUUACCACUAUUUUUGGAAUUUUUAUUGAAUUAUAAUUGAUAUAUUUAUUUAGAAAUACUUCUAAAUAUCCGAAAAUUCGUAUUUUCUAGUUUUAUAAAUUUUAUAUUUGCGUGAUUUAACAUACAACGACUGAGUCACGUCAAAUUUUGGCGCCGUUGCCGGGGAUGUAUUGCAUAAUAUUUAGUAUUUUUCUGUUUUUCUAUUAGAGUACACAAAAAAAAAAAAAACUUUACUCUUGUUUUAUUUUCUUUUUGCUGAUUUUUAUUAGAAAAAGGGAACGAAAAGAAGCACGGCAAGGACUGGAGCAUCCUGAAGGAGGGUAACAGUUACUAACUUUUUCCCUCGAAUUUAUUGAUUUUUAUGCAUGGUAGAAGAUCCUUGCAUCCAAGGCUAGAAAAUCCUUUUAUUAUUUCAUUCAAAAAUAAAAAUCCGAAAGAAAAAUUAAUUUUGAUGGAUCCUGAAGGAAGUACAGGUCAAACUGAGAACAAUCCUAUGGCCAUGAAAAAUCAUUAUAUCCCUGAUUCAUUUCAAAGAGCAUCCAAUAUUAGAGUCCCAUUAGCACCCACUGUUAAAUUCGAAAUAAAUCCAGGAAUUUUUCAAAUGCUCCCUAAUUUUCAUGGAUUGCCUUUAGAGGAACCUCAUCAGCACUUAGAAAAAUUUCAUAUGGUCUGUGAUUUAGUUAAUCUCCCUCAAGUUACACCGGAAAUUAUUAAGAUGAAAUUAUUCCCUCAUACACUUAGGGACAAAGCUAGUCAUUGGCUAUCCACAUUAGAUAGAGAAUUAACUAGCUGGAAAGAUAUAGAACAGGCCUUUCUUCGAAAAUUUUAUCCCUUAGGAAAAACUCAAAAUAUGAGAAAACAUAUAUGGAGUUUUUCUCAAAGACCAGGAGAAACUUUGCAUGAGACAUGGGAAAAAUUCAAAGAUUUACUUAGAAAGUGUCCUCAUCAUGCUAUACCCAAGUGGCAGCUCAAUAGAAUUUUUUAUGAUGGAUUAUUAGAACAACAUAGAAAUAUGGUUGAUUCUAUAUGUGGAGGAGCUUUUAUGGAGAAAACUCCUGAUGAGAUUUACAAUCUUUAUGAGAAUUUAAGUGAAAAUUCUAGAGAUCAAGCCUCUUUUGAAUUAUAUGACAGGGAUAAGAAGAGAGGAAUUUAUGAAUUGCAUCAUGAUGAUGAUUCUAAACUUAGAAAUGAGGUUAAUCAGAUUAAUCAAAGAUUAGAAAAAAUUGAUUUACUUAUUGAUAAUAUUAGAAAGCCUUUUAACCCUCAACUUAAUUCGAAUAGUACAUGUCCUAUGUAUGGUGAAAAUGAUUAUUCUGAACUUCAAUGUUAUAAUUUAGAUCAAUCAUUUCACCCUAUGCAAGAACAAGUGCAAGUAGCUCACGGUUUUAAUAGAAAUAGGGAAAAUUUUUCAAAUUCUUAUAAUCCUAAUUGGAGGAAUAAUUUUUCAUGGAGAGACCCAAAUAAUAUUCAAAAUCCAGAAGCACUUAGACCCAAUUCAAACUCUGAAUUUCGUCCAAAACAAGAAAAUAGAUUUCAGAAAAAUCAGCCCUCUCAAACCCAACCUGAUGCUAUGGAAAUGAUGCAGCAAAUGAGCCAAAUGAUGCAACAAACUAUGAAUCAAAUGAUGCAACAAACUAUGAAUCAAAUGAUGCAGCACCAGAAACAAAUUAUAGAGGCCCUUGGGAAUAAGAGAGAAGAGGGACAGCUACCUAGUCAGCCCAUAGAAAAUCCAGGGAACCGCCCAACAAUAGGAUUUCAGCAUGGGGAGUCUAGUAGCAUGAAUCUAGGAAAAAACCCACGAAAUGAAAAUGUUAGGACAGUGAAUGCAUUAAGGAGUGGUAAGAUCUUACCUGAUCCUUAUCCCCAAACAUUAGAAGAAAAAGAAAAUGUGGACACCCCAAAACAAAAUCAAAUAGGAGUAGAAGAGGAUUUUAUAGAUUCUACCAAAGAAAUUUCGAAAGAGAGGACAACCAUUCCAUUUCCUAAAGCUCUAGAGCCUAGACAAAGAAAGAAAAAGGAACACAAUGAAGAAAUAAAGAAAAUUUUACAAGAUGUGCAAAUUAGUCUUCCUUUACUCACUGCCAUUGAACAUAUUCCUGAAUAUGCUAGAGUUUUGAAAGAAAUGUGUACACCAAAAAGGGCACCUAGAGUAGAAAAAUUAUCUAUGCAUGCUAGUGCGUUAUUAUUAAAUCAAUUACCAUUUAAAUUGAGAGAUACAGGUGCUCCUUUAAUUUCGUGUGAUAUUGGUGGAUUCAUUUUUCAGAAUGCAUUACUUGACACCGGUGCUAGUAUUAAUUUAUUACCUGCAAGUAUUUGUGAUAAAUUUAAUAUUUCUGAUCUUAAACCUUCUACUGUUACCUUACAAUUUGCUGAUAGAUCCAUAAAACAUCCUAAAGGUAUCUUAGAAAAUGUGAUAGUGACAGUUAAAGGGUGUAAAUUUCCAGCUGAUUUUGUAGUGCUGGAAAUGGAUUUUAAUGGACAGUUUUAUGAUACACCAAUCAUCCUAGGGAGACCAUUUUUGCAUACAGCAAAGAUGAAUAUUGAUUUUCCCACAGGUAUUGCGAAAAUUUCAUGUGGAGAUCAAUCAGUAGAAAUUAAAAUUUUUGAGGUAUCAAAUGAUCUUAAGAAAUCCCAAGUAUAUGAUUGUCAUACCAUAGAUCUUCUAGAUGAUUUUGAUGAUCCAGAUGUUAUUGAUGACUGUGUGCUGGAAGAAUUAGAGGAAAUAGAGAAUAUAAAUUUAGAAGAAAAGAAAGAGGAAGAUCAUCUGAAUUUAGAGUUGAAACCUCUCCCCUCUAGUUUAAAAUAUAUGUUUUUGGAGGAAAAUAAUUCAUUUCCUGUUAUUAUUGCAGCUGAUUUGAGUAAUGAACAGGAAGAAGAAUUAUUAGAUGUACUUCGAAAAAAUAAGAAGGCUAUGGGCUGGAAAAUGGACGAUCUAAGGGGCAUUGAUAUGAGAGUAUGCAUGCAUAGUAUAUAUUUAGAGGAGGGGGCUAGAACUAGCAGGGAACCACAACGAAGAUUAAAUCCUAACAUGAUGGAAAUUGUAAAAAAAGAAAUUUUAAAGUGGCUGGCUGCUGAUAUUAUUUACCCUAUUUCAGAUAGCAAAUGGGUUAGUCCUACACAAGUAGUGCCAAAAAAAUCAGGGAUCACGGUUAUAAAAAACGAAAAUGGGGAGGAAAUACAAACAAGACUAACUACCGGUUGGAGAGUUUGCAUUGAUUAUAGAAAAUUAAAUUCAGUUACUAGAAAAGAUCAUUUUCCCCUACCAUUUACUGAUCAAAUUUUAGAAAAAUUAGCUGGAAAAAACUUUUUUUGUUUUCUGGAUGGAUACUCUGGUUAUAAUCAAAUUUAUAUAAACCCUUUAGAUCAAGAAAAAACAACUUUCACUUGUCCAUUUGGUACUUUUGCUUUUAAACGCAUGCCUUUUGGUCUGUGUAAUGCUCCAGCCACAUUUCAAAGAUGUAUGCUGUCUAUUUUUUCUGAUAUGAUUGGAAAAUGCAUGGAAAUUUUUAUGGACGAUUUUUCUGUUUUUGGUGAAUCAUUUGAUGAAUGCUUAAAUCAUUUACAGCAUGUACUUGAGAAAUGCAUAGAGAAAAAAUUAGUUUUGAGUUGGGAGAAAUCACAUUUUAUGGUUAAAGAGGGAGUUGUGUUGGGUCAUAUUGUGAGUGAAAAGGGUUUAGAGGUGGAUAGAGCAAAAAUCGAUAUUAUAUCUAAAAUGAAACCUCCGAAUUCAGUAAAACAGAUUAGAUCUUUCUUGGGUCAUGCAGGUUAUUACAGAAAAUUUAUUCAAGAUUUUUCGAAAAUUUCUAAACCUCUCACCAUGCUAUUAUCUAAAGAUGUGCCUUUUAAUUUUGAUGAGAAAUGUUUUGAGUCUUUUUCCGAAAUAAAAAGAUUACUUACUGAGGCACCCAUUUUACAAGCUCCUGAUUGGUCCCUUCCCUUUGAAAUAAUGUGUGACGCUUCGAAUUAUGCAGUGGGGGCCGUUCUAGGACAAACAAAAGAGUCAAAACCCAUAGUAAUUUCAUAUGCUAGUAAAACUAUAUCUGAUGCUCAAUUAAAUUAUACCACGACUGAAAAAGAAUUGUUAGCUGUAGUAUUUUCGUUAGAAAGGUUUAGAUCAUAUAUUUUGGGAGCUAAAAUUAUUAUUUAUACUGAUCAUGCAGCAUUAAAAUAUCUGUUAAAUAAGAAAGAUGCAAAGCCACGUUUAUUAAGAUGGAUUUUAUUGUUGCAAGAAUUUGACUUAGAAAUAAAAGAUAAAAAGGGUUUCGAGAAUGUUGUUGCUGACCAUCUUUCUAGAUUAAGUGAUACAGGAAUAAAUGCAGCACCUUUACAAGACGCAUUUCCAGAUGAACAAUUGAUGGCAGCUCAACAUCAACCAUCACCAUGGUAUGCACAUAUUGUUAAUUUUCUGGUUUCUGGAAAAACUCCAGAACAGUGGGAUAAGAACAGAAAAAAUCAUUUCUUUUCUAAGAUUAGAAAUUAUUUUUGGCAUGAUCCUGAUUUAUAUUACUUGGGCAAUGAUCAAAUUUUAAGGAGAUGUGUUCCUGAAGAAGAAUAUCAUAGCAUUAUUAACAUGUGUCAUUCAUCUAACUGUGGAGGACAUUUCUCUGGACGAAAAACAGCUGCAAAAAUUUUCCAGUGUGGUUUUUAUUGGCCUACAAUCAUUAGAGAUUCUAUAGAAUUUAGUAGAACAUGUAUUUCAUGCCAAUCUAUAAGUAACAUGAGUAAAAAAGAUGAAAUGCCCAUGAGUAAUAUGUUAGUAGUCGAAAUUUUUGAUGUAUGGGGAAUAGAUUUCAUGGGUCCCUUCCCAUCAGCUGAAAAAUAUGAAUAUAUUUUGCUUGCUGUUGAUUAUGUGUCGAAGUGGGUGGAAGCUAUUCCUACUAGAACUAAUGAUCAUAAAAUCGUGAUGAAAUUUGUGCAGGAAAAUAUUUUUUCGAGAUUUGGAUGUCCUAGAGUGAUUAUUAGUGAUGGAGGAACACAUUUUACAAAUAAAAAUUUCAGAGAACUGUUGAAAAAGAAUGGAGUACACCAUAGAGUAGCCACUCCAUAUCAUCCCCAAACAAAUGGGCAAGCUGAAGUAGCAAAUAGGGAAAUUCAGAGAAUUUUGAGAAAAAUAGUUAGACCAGAUAGGAAAGAUUGGCCCACGAAAUUACAAGAUGCAUUAUGGGCUUAUAGAACAGCUUAUAAAAAUCCCAUAGGUAUGUCCCCAUUUCGUCUCAUUUUUGGAAAGCCAUGUCAUCUUCCUGUGGAAAUAGAGCAUAAAGCAUUAUGGGCUAUAAAAAAUUUAUGUAUGGAUGAAAAAUCAGCUGGUGGGCAUAGAAUUUUUCAGUUACAUGAACUAGAGGAGUUGAGGAAUGAAGCUUAUGAAAAUCAUAGAAUAUAUAAAGAAAAAACUAAAACUUUUCAUGAUAAAUACAUUAGCAGAAAAAAAUUUGAUGUUGGACAAAAAGUGUGGUUAUAUGAUUCUAGGCUGAAAUUAUUCCCAGGAAAAUUAAAAUCAAAAUGGAAAGGGCCUUAUGUGGUGGAAGAGACAUAUGAUCAUGGGGCUGUAAUGAUUAAAGAUCCUAAAAGUGAUCAUAACUUUAAGGUAAAUGGACAGCGGCUUAAACAUUACAUAGAACAUGAACGCCUUGCAGAAAAAGAAAUUUUAUUAUUAAAAGAAAUUCAAGAGUAAGAUCAAGGAGUCCAGCUGGAGACAUUAAAUUCAGCGCUGCAUGGGAGGCAACCCAUGGUUUUUAUUUCAUUUUGUUUGAUUUUUUUUAAGCUCUGUUUUUCUUAGAAUUUCGCAGUACUUGUUUCUGUAUUUGUUUUUCUGUCGAAAAAGUGCAGGAGGAGUGUAAGAUGAAGUGGAAAAUUAAAAACGAGGUUGAGGUGAUGUCUUUCUGAGCUUCAUCAUUUAUGAAAAUAUUUUUAAUGCUUAACUUUGCAGAUAUGCAUGCUUCACUUGAAAAUUAUAUUUUCUGCAUAUUCUGUUUCGAGUUUUCUGUGUCAUUGAGGACAAUGUCAUUUUUAAGUUGGGGGGUGAAGUAUUCAUUAUUAAUUUAUGCUGUAGGACGAUUAAGAACAUGUGUUUGCAGUUUAUUCAACUUAGAACAGCAACUAAAAAAAUAAAAAUAAAAUAAAAUUCGGAAAAAUUGCAACAAUUUUCUGGUUUUCUGUCAGAAACAACAGACUGUCAAAAACAGCAGACAAAAAACAGCCCGAAAUUUGAAAUUCUAGAAGACCCUUUUCUCACAUUUCAAUCCCUUAGACAUAUAUUACUGAAAUUCGAAAUUACAGCUAUAAAGAAGAUAGUUUUGAUUUAUUUUUGACAAAUUUAUUGCUGCUAAAACUGAAAACAGAAAACAGAACUGUCAGAACUAUCUAAUUUACAAAUUCCUUACAUCAUAUUGCAUGCAUGAAAAAUUAAAUCAAUUAGAUUGAUUGAUACCAAAAGAUACUAGGAAGAUUAUUAUUGAGUCAAAAGAAUGAUCUAGUAGCAUGAAAUGUUGGAAUACUCCUUGGAUACAUGAUAGAUAACAUGGAUUUGAUUUUACAGAUUUUCACUUCAUGAUCUUGAUGGAUAAUAUUUACUUGAUGUGAAAAUUUGAUUGAUCAUUUGAGUUUAAUGGAGAUUUUUGCACCCUGAUCUAUAGGACUUGUGAGGAGAAAUCACUUAUUUCAAAAAAAAAAAAGAAAAAAAAAAAAAGAGAGAGCAAUGUGAAAAAUCUAGAAACGAAGAGUACACAUGGAGGGUGUGAGACAUCAUUCUCAUUGUCGAAAAUCGUGCAUAGAAAAACACUUGCUGAAAAAUAAGUGGAUAAAGUGAAAGCCCUGAAAAUGAAGAGUACACAUGGAGGGUGUGAGACAUCAUUCUUAUUGUCGAAAUUUGUCUACAGGAAAAGCUACUUAUCCACUAUAUAUAUAUAAAAAAAAAAAAAAGAAGGAAGAAAUAUAGUGCAAACUUCAAAAAUCAAGUCAUAGAAAAAGGGAAAUGUAAGAUCAAUAUUAUUCUUGGAUGAGUAUUGAUAAUUGGAACAUCUUGUAAAUACAUCUAUGAGUGAAGAAGUGAUAAAGAUGUGAAUAGAAGAAGUGAAGUCUAGAUUGUUAUUCCAAGGAGUGUUUAAACAUUUAAGUGCUUGACAUCAUUCUUAAAUACUUGAUAUAAGAAUCCAAAGUGUUUAAAGGUGCAUCAUUUCUAAUUGUAUUUCUUUUCUGUAUUGAAAUAUGAUGUUUGAGAUUUGUAAAUUUUUAUUUUCGUAAUUCCAUUGCUAAGGGACUAGCAAUGAUUUAAGUUGGGGGGUGUGAUAAGUCUUCAUUAUCAUGAGUUAAUAAUUAGUAAAUAAUAUAGUUUUAGCCUUAACUCAUGAUAAAUAGACUUAUAUUUGUGUUAAAGCAUGAAAAGUGGUUUUCAGUUGAUUAACGUGAAUUUUGGGUAAUUAUGUGAUUUUAUACGAUUUUUACAGUCUUAGUUUUGAGAUAAAUGAAGAACAAGAAAUAAAAAUAAAAAUAUUGCAAAAUGGGGUGAUCCGCCGGCCAGCCGGGCCCGCAAGCGGGUCGGAAGCGCAGUCGGGGAGUAGCCGCGAGCAGGGGCUCGAGCGGCUUGCUUGGAUCGAUAGGGGCACGUGUGCGCCACUCCCCUUCCACGUCACCGGUGGUCAGCCGGCUGUGGGGCAAGGAGUGGUCGUACACGCGAGAGGAUUUUGCCUACAAAGCUAACUUUACUAUAUAUUCGCCCAAAUAAUCCGCGCACAACCGAUGUGGGACUAAACCCGCGUCACACCUUGUUCAGGGGCGGGCGACCGCCGCGGGUUCGAAUCCUCCCAGAGUCAAAAUUCAUAUAUUUUUAACUGAUUAUCGCGACUUUCCUGCAGAUCGCCGGUGAAGGAUUAAGCAACCGGAAUCGCUGGAUCAUCGGCGAAAAUCUCGUCAACGCGAUUCGCGGAGCAUUGCUACUAAAAUUUCUGAACGAUUCGCGAUAAAAGGAUCGCAAUCCAUCGAGUAAAUCAUCUCCGAUUGAUCGACGAACAAGCCGUCGUCGGGAAGAGGACGAUCCGCCGGGAGACCAGUCGCCACCUCCUGA